UGUGUGUGUGUGUGUGUGUGUUUAUAUACAGCAGAUAUCUACAUAUGACUUUGACCUGUUAUUUAAUUCUGGCGAAACCAAAGCAAUAUUAGGAUUCAAGGUUGUACCAAGCUAUCAGGAAAUACAGGACUUAGUUCCAGACUGGACUGAAAAGCAUCAGCAGGGAAGUGAAAAGCAGUUUUUUUUCCUCCCCAAUCCCCCCCCCCCAAAAAAAAAACAAACACCAUGAUCAGUGUUUAGUGCAUUAACAUGAUGACCAUGUCCCCGACCCAUCAUCCGCACGGGUUUUUGCUGCUGACGCUGAGUUGGGUGCUGAGAGCCUCUGUGGCUGAGGAUGUGAGUGAUCGCACCGCUUUCAAUGGGACGGAGCAAAAACCAGGAAUUGUGCCUUUCGUGACAACGAGACUGGAUCACAUUAUAGUGAGAGAGGGAGCCAGCGCCUCCAUCGACUGCAAUGUGAGCGGGGAGCCUCUGCCACACAUACAGUGGUACAACUCCAAUGGACAUCUGCUGGAUGAAGGAGGGAAAUGGUGGAUUUCAGACAGUGGAUUGUUAAACAUCACCAUAGUGUCAUUCAGUGACCGAGGGAAGUAUACGUGCACUGCCUCGAACCCCCAUGGCAGUGUCAACUACACGGUCACUCUGCGAGUUAUCUUCACCUCAGGGGACAUGGGUAUUUACUACAUGGUCAUCUGCCUGGUGGCUUUCACCAUUGUUAUGAUAUUGAACGUUACACGCCUGUGCAUGAUGAGCAGCCACUUAAAGAAGACGGAAAAGGCGAUCAAUGAGUUCUUCAGGACAGAGGGAGCAGAGAAGUUACAGAAGGCGUUUGAGAUUGCUAAGCGCAUCCCAAUAAUCACCUCAGCUAAAACCCUGGAACUGGCCAAAGUUACCCAGUUUAAGACGAUGGAGUUUGCCAGAUACAUAGAGGAACUCGCAAAAAGUAUUCCCUUGCCUCCUCUGAUUAUGAACUGUAAGACAUUUGUGGAGGAAAUAAUGGAGGUUGUGGGUAUGGAGGAGCCAAGUCAUAUGUAUGUAGGCGCCGGCCCGCUGAACCAAGAAGCGGCAGGACAGAAUGAUGUGUACACCAUCCCAAAUUCUUUAAAACGUAGCAAUUCAUCGGCAGGAGAAUCGGACGAGUCUUCGUUGCAUGAACAACCCCAACUCAUCGCCAUCAAGGUAUCUGUGCACCCUCUGGUCAGUGAGGACAACCUUGAGAGUUGUUCACGACACAACAGCAAGCAGCUGAAGGAAGAGGUCAAGGAGAUGGAAGCAGUGCUGAAGGUGACUGAAAACCAGACUCAAACUGACCCUUCGGUGUCUGAGACAGACCCUUCGGGGUCUGAGACAGACCCUUCGGGGUCUGAGACAGACCCUUCAACGUCUGAGACAGACCCUUCGACGUCUGAGACAGAUGCUCCCAUUGCACCAAUAUCGAUGGAAAACAACACCCAUGGGAGGCCAAUAGUGACUGGAAAAAACACCCAAGUUAUUUACGAGAGUCAUGUAUAAUUAACAGGAAAUCAUCUGCACUUCACACACACACAUGGUAAAUCAGGUGGGGGGUGGGGAGGGAGGGGUUUCAUCGCGUAAUUCCCAAUGAUAAAGCCUUACCAGAAAAACAAAUCCUGUAGGACAGAAACAGAUAAUGCAUGAAUGUUUUUCUGUUGCAUUUGGCUACUCUGGGUCAUAUUUAUUAUUGACAUCACAUCUGAGUAAUUGCUAUUUCAUUAUAUUUCCAAACGAUUUUGAAACCAAUAAAAUGUAAUCUAGAACCUCAAUGUUAUUAACAUGAGGCAUGUAUAAAUAAAGGUGACAUCGCGUAAUAAGUAGGCAUCAAUUAAAGAGUUUAAUGGGGUCCCAUGUGGCAAUUUAUAGCAAUGAAAAAAAUCACCAUUUUAAUUUUAGGUAAACACCUAAAUAUUAGUAGGCAAUAGUAAGCAAUAGUAGUCAAACAAAAUAUGAACCAUCACCAUCUGUACAGAAUACGAUUGGAAGUGAGACAUAGCAAUUUUGGUAGAUAUCCUACAUUUUUUGGAAAGUAAGUUUCUUUUGCAGAUGAAAAUAUUCAUGCACAAGAACUGAGAUAUAGGCCUCGCUUACGACCAUCUGUGACAUUAAAGAGCCCACCCUCUUAACAUUUGAUCCUAAAUACACAGUUGCUAAGGAUAUCUGGGUCUUUCAUAUCCUGCCCACUAAAAAUCGUGAACAUUUUGUUGAGUAUUUACAAUAGGAUUUCCCUUGACAAAGACGUAGUGGGCAGAUAGCUGUGUCUGGUGAUCGGUGAUCUGGUGAUAGACUCUUUUGCAGACACUGGUGAUACAAAUGUUCAAAAUGUCUUGACAUUUUCCUUUUCUUUGUGGGUGUGUGUGUGAGAUGGUAUAUAGCUAAAUCUCAUUUUGGGAAUUACUUUGUACACACUUGUACCCCAGGGUUUAACCCUGAUGGCUUAAAUGUUUGAUUUAUUUUAGUGCAUUCUCUGUGUACUUUUGUGACAUUCAAGCAUCUUCAGGUUUCCCUACACUCAAAUUGUUAUCUCAUUUUACAUGGUAGAUUCAGGCCAACUGGUCUAUGUCCUCUGGCUGAAGUGCUGUUGGGGUAAUUAGGAAGAUAGGAACAGAAGGAGGCAGUUGAGCCCUUCAAGUCUGUUUAAUUAGAUCAUGGCUGAUCUAUACCUCAACUAAUCCUUUCAAUUCCAAUUUCCCGCUUUCUCCCCAUAUUCCUUAAUACCCUGACCUACCAAAAUCUAUCAAUUGUCUUGUACGAUUUGUCAUUAAUUGGUUCAGGGGAUUUCAUGGAGAGGUACAUGGUGUGAUCAGUGAUCUGAUAACAUUUGCAUAGCUGAUCUGGGGGCUGUACAUUCUUCAUAUUAUAAUGUGAGGAAAAACAGUGAUAAAACAGUCAUCACACAAGUUUGCAUGCCAGGCUGUAUGGCAUCUUCCAUUAACUUUCCAUAUUUACUGGCAUGAAUUGACUUUGUGAGCUCAUGAGUGGUUUGGAUGAAGAAGACCCUUUUGGCUUAUUUGAUCUUGUUCUCCAAACAACAUAGCAAUUUACAUUUACGUAGUGCCAUUCACAUCAAGAGGGUGUCUAAAACCGCUUCACAAAGCUGACUGGGAGCCCGAGUUGGGAGAAAGAGGCGGGGGGGGGGGCGCAAAACUGAAUGGAUAGGGGCAAGAUGACUGAAAGCCAAGCUGACUGAGCAGUUUCAAGAAUUGGCAAAUUCUUCCCAAAUUCUCUCCAACACCUUGGUCACGGUAUCCCUUUUAGUGACACCCUCUUGUGAUGGAAACUCUUGUGUUGGAUUGUAUCAAACCACGGCCCACCUUGUGUGCUACUCUUUCAUAUUUAAUAGGAAAGAUGUGAUCAGACCUGGAUUGAUUUACAAAAUCUAUGGAGCCAGAUUUAGAGCAAUAUCCAGAAGUCAAGACUUUUGCUCUGCUCCAGGAUUGGAAUAAAGUCAUGUUUACUCAGUCACUUUGAUUUUGAAGAGCUGUGAUUUGGAACCAAAUCCUAAUUAAUGUCAAUAAAUGGAACUUCUGAGGCCUGAAAUUCCUAGCAGCGUUUAGCCCUCAAGUUGUUUGUCUUAAAAUUUAAGAUUGGGCAGAAUUGUGGAAAAUUUAUUUCAAUCCUAAUUCAUCUUAAUUUGCAAGUGGAUUUCCUGCAGUUCUUAAAAAGAAACAGGUUUUAAAUUAAGACCGAAAUUGAGAAAUUUCUACAAUUCUGCAUUACCUUACAUUUUAAGACAAAAUGGUCUUAAAUCAUAAGAAUAGGUAGAUUUUCAGGUUUUGAGAAUGUUUCUGUGUACCAUAAUACUAGCUACUGAUUUACCACACACCACACCUCUGCACAGUGUGCUUGUUGUAAAGGACGAGUUUUGUAUGGUAUACAUGUACUUAGUGUAUAUAAUGAAUGGUAUGCAAAUAGGAGACAAGUCAAUAGGUGUGAUAUAUUUAUAGAACUUGGUGCUUAUAUUGAGAAGGAUCUGGAUGAGUCAAUGGUUCAGAUGUGAUACAGUACUAUCAAUGUGCCAAGACGAAGCAUAAAAAAUAGUUAGGGUUGGUGGAAAUUGAUUUUUUUUGAUUUUCAUUGACAAUGAUUCGAUUUUUAAAAUAAAAUUCUAUUGGUGUUUUCAACUUUAAAAAGUGGCUGACUUCAGGAUUGUCAGGUCACUACUGAUAUCACUUCCUUUAUGCUGUGAAUUUGCGCAAUGUACAGCAAAUCUGUCUGACGUCAUUUACUGGGUGUGCGUGCUCUGUGCAAUAAGUGUUAUUGACUUGCAGGGCACAUCUCUUGCACAAAAGUGAAACUUGGGCGAUCUGAUAACUUGAAAGUGACUGUUUAUUAUAAGUCUUAAAAAAAAUGUUAAAAUUAAAAAUUGACUUUUGUCGGUCUGGAGAACAUGAUAAAAAUGCCGAUUGUUCAUCAAUGUUUGACACUGAAUUGUAUCUACAGUAACCUUACAUAAAUCGUAUCAGUUGCGACCAUACAUUUAAUAUGACGUUUGCAAAGUAUGAGCUAUGUAAAACUCUGCAUAGAGAAAUCCUAUUAGUGGUCACAUCAACAAAGGUGAUACUUGUAACCUCUGAGAGUACACACUUUAUAUUUAUCAUUGAAAAAUCUAUCCAUUUUCCUAAGCAUUUUAUAGAAACAUCAAGAACAAUUAAAUUUAGCAUAGCA